AUGCUGCGAUUCCUUCAUCUUGCUAUUAUUUCGCUUCUGGCAUUGACUGCCACCUCAUCCGCCGCACCAGAUUGCAAAACUUCACCUGCUAAUUCGACGUGGCCGUCCCCAGAGGAUUGGAAUGCUCUUAACCAGACUAUUCAUGGAAGCCUCAUCAAGACGGCUCCUGCUGGCUCCUCGUGCUAUCCGGGCAAUCCCCUCGGCUCCGCUGAAAACUGCACAAAUGUGAAAGACCAUUGGUCCUAUGCAGCCUAUCAUGCAGCCUGGCCUGAAAGCAUUGAUUACUCUAUCUAUGCAAACAACUCGUAUGGAUACUCCAAAGACAAAGGGUGUAGUAUCGGAGGCCUGCCGCAGUAUAUCGUGAAUGCCACGUCCGAGAACCAGGUUGCCACUGCAAUGCAAUGGGCAUCCCGAAGAAACAUUCGAAUUGUCGUGAAAGGAACAGGACAUGAUCUUGGUGGCCGCUCCACUGGCGCUUAUGCACUUUCCAUCUGGACGCACAAUUUCAAAAAUAUUGAGAGAAGACGUACCUGGAAGGUGCCUGGAAGCAACGCUACCCAGGAUGUUGUUAUCUGUGGCAGCGGUAACAACUGGGGAUCUGUCUAUACUGCAGUACACAAGAUGAACCGGACAGUGGUUGGUGGCGAGGAUGCCACGGUAGGCCUCGGUGGCUUGAUACAAAACGGUGGACAUGGUCUUCUUUCAAGCCAUUAUGGUCUUGCGUCAGACCAGGUUUAUCAAGUUACUGUGAUCACGACUGAGGGCAGACGCUUCGUCGCCAAUGACGUCCAAAAUCAAGACCUCUUCUGGGCUGUUCGUGGUGCUGGUGGAGGUCAGUAUGGAGUCAUCUCCGAAUUCGUGUUGAAAACAUACCCUGUUCCCGCCAACGUGGUAGCUGGCGGGCUCGCGUUCAAUCCCGCCCAGAAUUCGAUUGCUAGCGGCCAAGCAUCUUGGAAUGCGAUGGCCGAAGCAGCAGCCCAGAUCCCUGACCUGAUGGACAAUGGACUCACAGGAACUGUGCUUGCAUUGACCAAGAAGAAGGCUAUGUCAUAUUUAGGACUCACGCAGGAAUUGCCAGGCGUUUCGGCUAUCUUCAGUUUGACUGGCUUCAACAUGACCACUAAAGAGAUGAAUGCCACUCUCAACCGACUGGCUGAUCAGCUCAGCGUUGGAAAUGUCAACAUUACGCUCCAAUCACCCUCUUCCCAAGGCUACUGGUCAUCUACCAAGCCAGACCCUCUUACCAGCGCCAGCAGUGGAGCCGUCAGUUUAAUGACUAGUCAUCUUCUGGGAAGACGUGAGCUUUCGAAUAUCGCAAAAGGAAGACUGGUCACAUAUCUCCAAGACAUCAUGGUCGCCCAGGAUCCAACUGCAGGCUCAAUGCUUCUGUUUGGACUGCAAGCCGGAAGAGGAACAGCCAGUGUGCCCGAAGAAAGGCGUGGAAGUACUCUUCCGGCCUGGCGUACAGCCUACGCUCAUACAAUGGCUUAUGGAGUUUCUGUCAAUGCUACCGCUGACCCGAGUCAUGCAUUGAGAGCCGGAGCAGACUGGUUAGAUGCUACGCAAGAGCCUGUUUGGAAGGAAUGGGCACCUGAGAGCGGCUCUUAUAUGAAUGAAGGCAAUCCUUUUGCCAGCAACUGGAAACAUGACUUCUAUGGAGAGAAUUAUGGCCGUCUUCUGGAGAUUAAGCACAAGUAUGACCCCACUGGGAGUCUGUUUGUCUGGAGUGGAGUUGGGAGUGAUGAGUGGACCCAUGAUCUCAACAGUGGUCUGCUGUGUCGGGUUUGA